GGAAGCAGCUUUUUUUUUAUUUCCGUCGCCAUUACCGCGGCGUUUCGUGCUAGUGUUUUCCGGCAAUUUAUCGUCGGUUUCGACGACCGGGGAGUUUCCUGCUCCCGAAAAUUUCUGUAGAUCUUCACAGCAUCUUUUUUGCUCUCAUUUUAAAUCGACAAUUGACCGCAGAUUUGUUUUUUUAUAUUAGGAAUUUGUAAACAUGGCUUUUUAAAAUGUCUGUUCUGAAAUCUUACAUUGAUACUCCCUUUGGAGGAGCGUCAAACUCCCAAAAUAUCUUAGUUGUUAAGGCUGGAGGAAGGAGAGAUGGAGAAGAAAGGGAAUCGCAAUUUUUCAAAUUCUUCGAGGGGGUCAGCAACUGACUUGAGGAAAAUCCAAGAUGUUACCAGUAGCAAACAAUGGCCAAGGGGUACUAGACGUCGUGAACCAAAUGGCCCAGGAUUUUCAGCAAAAAAUGAACCUUCCCGCAAACCUCAACCGCAACGCGUCAAAACCAUUGACAAGCGUCCGAAACCUCGAGGUUUCUAUUACGCAAAUUCGACACCUCGAGAUGAGACGACCAGGCUAGAUGAAAUAGAACCAGAAUUGGGCUCAGUUUUUGUACCGGGCAGCAAAAAGCAAAGUCUCAAUCACUUAUUGAAUUUUUCUUAUGCGCCUCGGGACAGUUACCAUGGUUAUAAAGGUUUUGGCAAGUCAGGAAGUUUGCUUGUGACUCGGAAACAUAAAUACAACAAGGAACACUUUUUGCAAGCAAAUUGCCAGUUUAUUGUAAAUGAACUGGGUGAUUAUAAGAAGUACAUGAGUAAUCCAGAUUCAUUGGUCAGUUGGGAUUUGGUUGAGCAAGUGAAUUUGCAAGUGUCUGAAAAUCCAUCAUGCCCCAUAUGUUUGUAUCCACCUGUUGCUGCAAAAAUGACCAAGUGCGGUCAUAUUUAUUGCUGGUCUUGUAUUCUUCAUUAUUUGGCUCUUUCGGAUAAAGAUUGGAGAAAGUGCCCUAUUUGUUUUGACUCUGUUAAAAAAAGUGAUCUUAGAAGUGUAGUUGCGAUUCCUUUUAAAACUUUUAAAGUUAAUGAAACAAUAAAAUUUAAGUUAAUGAAGAGACCUCGUGGAAGCCUCACAGCCUACCCUGCCGAAGUGAACGUACUGUCUGAAGAUGAGCUGUUCAGAAUGUCUGAUGAAAAUAGUCAUAAUUUUUAUUCCAAACUUAUUCUCGCAAGUAAAGCAAAUAUCCUUUCCAUAAUUGAUCGCGAAUCUAUUGAACUAGAAGUUCAAAUGGCAGAGGACGAGAACUGCCCUGAAAAGUGUUUCAUUGAACAAGCUGUGACUUUACUAAAAUUGAGACGUGAUAACAUUGUUCAACAAACUUGCGACAACUCAGUGCAGAAUUUGGUUGAUUUAACUCUUCAGGGUGAUCAAGGAAGUCUCGAAGAUGAAGCUGUCAAUGCUGAAUCUGGUGCAGAGUCUGGGGAAGAUAGCACAUCUGCCCAAAAAUUCCAUUAUUUUUAUCAAGCAUCUGAUGGCCAACACAUAUAUCUUCAUGCCAUAAAUGCUAAAAUGAUUGAACAUACUUAUGGCUCUUUAGAAUAUGGACCUACAAUGUUAUCUGGGAGGAUCCUAGAGAAGGAAGGAGGAUCAAUGACUGAAGAACUUAGGAAGAAGCUGAGAUAUCUGCAACAUUUGCCAGUGACAUGUCAAUUUGAAAUUGCUGAAAUUCAGUUAACUGAAACAAUUGUUACAGAGGACACUCUUAAAUAUUUUUCCGAACAACUUGAGAAUAGAAGGAGAAGGCGACAGCGCAGGGUGAAAGAAGAAAAGCGGCGGGAGAAGAGAAUAGAGGCAGAAGAGAAUCGCAAAAUUGGAAAGUUCACUGCUCCGAAUUUACACCUAGAAUCCCACGAUCAGUUCCCUGGCGUAAGUGAAGUCCAUGUUCAAUUUCCAGAAGUCGGUUCAGAACACAGGACAAGAUCUCAAUCCGAGACUAUUAGCGACAGAAGUUCGUCGCCAGAUUUUUCAUCUCCUUCAGGUUUUUCACUGGACAGUUGUACUGCAGGCCCGUCAUUUGCAACUAUGCUUGCAUCUGAUAAAAAAAAGGAGUUGCCUGUCUGGCAUACUUCAAAACUACCGCUCCUUCAAGCUCCACCCUUAAAACUUAUACCUGUGACGGGUUUGAAAAUGACCAUCCCAACAAAAACACAUGCCAGACCAGAUAGCGAUCCCGAGCCAGAUGAUUAUGAGCCGGUUCCUAGCUACCAUAGUAGUUUUGGUGAUGCUCUAGCUCAAGCACUAGCGAAGAAUGAAACAAACAAUGUCGAAGUUGGAACUCUGGUGGAAGCAGGAAAGAAAAAAAAGAAGAAAACAAAACAGAAGGUAUUGUUUGCGACUAAUAUGGCUUGCAAGGGAAACUAAUUUUAUUUAUUAAUCACUGGUUUGUUCAUUGUCAAUUUUAUGUUUAGGUCCAGGA